AAUGUGGAAAAUAGAUUACGUAAAUUGUUCCAUUUAUAUUUGGGCGGCACAAGUUUUGGAUAAGAGGAUCUAUAUGAUUUUGCGCGCCACGCUGCACGUACAGUAGUGAUGCGGCUCAGCUAGUGAAGUGUGUAGUUAGAAUGGGUUCUGAUGUGGGUUUAUUAAACAUGUUUAGAGAAAAAUAAUAUAUUUUCAUUAAGUUGUUUGUAAACAAAACAAUAAAUACGUAAUUAUGGAUAUAGGUGUAUCAAAUAACCAAACUUCAGUGACUGCAGAACUGUAUUUCCUGAUCGCAAAAUUUUUGACUGCUGGUCCAUGUCAGGAAACUGCAAAUGUGUUGAAACGAGAACUGGAAAAUUCGAAGGCUUUGCCCAAAAGAUUAGAUUGGCAAGGAAAUGAGCAUCAACAAACUUUUCAGGAAUUGGAGCGAAAGUAUCCUCAUAUUGGUCCCACCUAUCUACUGGACAUCUGCCACCGAAUUGGCCCAAUCCUGGACAAGGAGAUCAAGCCCAGUGUGCCCGGGGUGACGUCUCUUCUGGGCGCGGGUCGUCAGUCCCUUCUCCGUACUGCCCAAGGCCUCCAGCAGCGGAGCCCGCACAUAGUCCAGUAUGGCACGCGGCGUCGUGGCUGCCCUGUUCCUAACCCCGUUGGUUUUGCCAAGCAGCACAAUCUUGUCCAAGUGUUGCAGGGACGCGAGAUUGCCGGACCACUACAGCGCAGACAGGCUGUUCCCACCCAUCUCUACAGCAAGCAGCAGCUGUUCAGCCGCACACUGGGACACCUGUCGGCUGUUUACUGCCUGCUGUUCGACCGUAGUGGCCGCUACGUUAUCACAGGAGCUGAUGACCUUCUAGUCAAGAUAUGGAGUGCGAUAGAUGGACGUCUACUGGCAACGCUGCGUGGUGCUUCAGCAGAGAUUACAGACAUCGCUGUCAAUGCGGACAACACGCUGCUGGCUGCUGGCAGCAUAGACAAGAUUCUGCGUGUGUGGUGCCUGCAGACCACAGCACCUGUAGCAGUGCUGACAGGUCAUACAGGCAUGAUCACAGCUGUUCACUUUUGUCCAAUGGCUCGAGGGAACAUUCGAUACCUGGUGUCCACCAGUUCAGAUGGUUCUGUUUCAUUCUGGAGCUACAAUCGCCUUAGCCCUGGCAAAUACACGUUCCUCUCGAAGCCCAUCCAGUAUAAUGAGAGGAUGCGACCAGGACAGGCCCAGAUGAUCUGUGCAUCGUUCAGUCCUGGGGGGAUGUUUCUAGCGGCGGGUAGCGCGGACCAUCACGUCAGGGUGUAUCUCAUGGUGGGGGAUGAGGGGCCCCACCGCAUACUGGAGAAUGAGGCUCACUCUGACCGAGUGGACAGUAUCCAGUGGGCUAACCAUGGGCUGCGAUUUAUCUCGGGCAGCAAGGAUGGAACAGCCCAGAUCUGGCACUUUGAACGCCAGCGUUGGAGCUCACUUCAACUGCUAAUGAGCACCAAGCUGCCUGGGGCACCAGAGCUGGAGGAUGACAACAAGCAGAAACUCAAGGUUUCUAUGGUGUCAUGGGACACAAGCGAUAAGUGGGUCAUCACUGCUGUCAAUGACCAUACUCUUAAGGUCUGGAAUUCUGAAACUGGUGAGCUGGUACAAGUUUUGCGAGGUCACAAGGAUGAGGUAUUUGUCUUGGAGGCACAUCCAUUUGACAUGCACGUUCUACUCAGUGCAGGCCAUGAUGGGCAGAUCUUCAUUUGGGACAUCCUUGAAGGCACUCCUGUUGCCUCAUUUCAGAACUUCAUUGAGGGUCAGGGCCACGGAGCAGUUUUCGAUGCCAAGUGGUCACCAGAUGGCACUAUGCUCGCUGCGACUGACUCACAUGGGCAUAUCCUGCUGUUUGGGUUUGGCGCCCCAACUGAUAGAUUACGUCAGCUGCCAAGUGAGCUCUUCUUCCACACGGACUAUCGACCGUUAAUCCGGGACUCAAACCACCAUGUUCUGGAUGAGCAGACACAGACCGCCCCCCACUUGAUGCCUCCCCCAUUCUUGGUGGACAUUGAUGGGAACCCGUACCCACCAUACCUACAGCGCCUGGUCCCUGGUCGCGAGACUUGCAGGGGUGAGCAGUUGGUGCCCAACAUCGCCGUUGGUGCCGGAGGUGAGAUGUCAGCUGAACCUCGCUCAAACAUUGACCAGAUGAUAGAGGCUCUGGCAAACAGGCAAUAUGGGAGUGAGCAGCCACCGUCAACACCCAAUCAACACCAGGCAUCAUCUCUUCUGCGACAUGUUACUUCUCCACGAUCAGGACAUCGCGUGGGAAUGCGUCGCAGUGGGGACGUGGAAGGUGUACGGCAGUCAAGUGGAAAUUGGCAACGAGGCAGCAACAUCAGCUGGUGCAAACGCAAUCUAGUGCGAAGCCUGGACACUGCCAUGCUGCGUAACAGAAGACAAAGACUCAUGGCAUUUGGAUCACUGGAGCUGGACACAUAUCGACGGGAGCAGCGGCGGCGUCCUGUUCCUGAGGUGCAGCCAGUCUCGAAGCGGCCAACGAGUGGCAGCCAGGGGGUGAGCACCAGGAGGCAGCAUCGUAGGGGCGGUCAGCGCACGCAGCACUCAUAUAGGACUCGAGCUGCACGUGGUGAGCAGCAUUUUGCCAGCGAGUUUGAGAACCCUGAAAACUUGGACCUGAGCCCCAGUGUAACGUCAGAUAGUGAAGGGGAUGGGGAUGAUUCUACAGCUCAUUCAGAGGACCUGGCCGGCUCAAGUGACUCUAGCACCAGUGACUCGGAGAGCUCCGAGUACUCGGACUGGAUUGCAGAUGCAGGUGUGAACCUGGAGCCUCCAAAACGGAGCAAGAGGAGACCAGCUCCCAAACAGUCGCCACAGGGGGAGACUGGGCGGCGUCUGACUCGCACAAAGCAGAACAAAAAGGUGGUACUACCGGCUCCAAACGUGACAAGUCUGUCUGAGGUGCCUGAGGCAUUCCGUCCCACUGAGUGGUUAUCAGAGGUAAUCCCACGCAAGGCUCCCUACUACCCUCAGAUGGGAGAUGAAGUCAUGUACUUUCGUCAGGGUCACCAACUGUACCUUAAUGCUGUUCGUGCGAAGAAUGUCUAUGACGUGGGACCUAGGAGUGAACCGUGGGCACGGCAGACCAUUAGGGCCCACGAGCUUGUCAAGGUGAUUGGAAUCAAGUAUGAGAUUCGGCCACCACGACUCUGCUGCCUGAAGCUUGCGCUGAUGGAUGAAGGUGGGCGGCUCACAGGCGAGAAUUUCACGAUCAAGUACCAUGACAUGGCCGACGUACUGGACUUCCUGGUGCUGAGGCAGACUUAUGAGACAGCUCUGGCACGACGCUGGAAGGGUGGUGAUAGCUUCCGCUGCAUGAUUGAUGACUGUUGGUGGACAGGUCGGAUAGAGUCGCAGAGCCCCUUGGACUCUGUGGAGUUCCCCAAUUCACUCUUCACUUGCUACCGAGUACGGUGGGAUAAUGGGGAGUAUGAACGCAUGAGUCCCUGGGACCUGGAACCUGUGGAUGAACACCGAUUGCCACGUGAGGUUGGAGGGGCAGUGCCUGUCCUUCCUGAAGAGCUCCAGGCCACAUUGUACCGGCCAAUUUCACAAGAGUGGCCACAAGGAGGUCGUGAUGCCACGUGCACACGCAUACUUCGUGGUCUGGACCAAAUCAUGAGUCUGGCCAUUGCAGAACCGUUCAUAGCGCCUGUUGACUUGAACCACUACCCAAGCUAUGCCUUUGUUGUAGAAUACCCCAUUGACCUUUCCACCAUCAAGGGCCGCUUUGAGAAUCAUUUUUACCGUCGUGUGACAUCAGCUCAGUUUGAUGUGCGAUACAUUGCUACCAAUGCAGAGAAGUUCAAUGAGCCAGGCAGUCAGAUCGUGAAGAAGGCCCGCAUCGUUACUGAGCUGUGUUUGCGUGUCAUCAAGGACCGGAAUGACCUGGAUGUUUCGGCAGUAUACCACCAGCUGUUGGAUACUUACAAGUCAUCGGACACUGAAUCUGAUGUGGACGUGGAAGCGAAGCCUGGCCCAAGUAACAGUCGAAACGCUACCAACCUGGGCGCCAAUACACGGAAAUACCGUGAGCAGAGGAAGUGCAGACUGAAUCAGCGCGCGGCCGCGUCCUCCGUUUCCACCGAUUGGCGUCGUGACUGUAGAGAUCUCCUGGAGAUGCUUUGGAGCUGUGAGGACUCAACCCCAUUCAGGAUGCCUGUUGACCAACUUGAACAUCCAGACUACUACCAGGUGAUUGACACCCCGAUGGACCUUCGCACUGUGAAGGAGGACCUGUUAGGGGGCAACUACGAGUCCCCUCUCGAGUUCUGCAAAGACAUGCGGCUCAUCUUCAUGAACUCAAAGAACUACAACACCAACAAACGCUCACGUAUAUACUCCAUGACAGUCCGGCUGUCAGCCAUGUUUGAGGAGCACAUGAAGACUGUCAUCUACAACUGGAAGUGUGCACAGCGUCAAGAAAUGCUCAACAAACUGUGCUCUGCACGCCUGAAGGGCAAGUCAGUUAGAGUGACAUCAUCUACACAAAAUUCUUCCCGUAGUCAGUCCACAGCAGGCACUUCUGCUGUUAGCUCCAGGUCAAACCGGGCAGGCCCAUCACGACCACCAGCUCAUGCUACAGAGGAGAGUGACUCUGAGGAUGAAGUGCCGCUAUGCCGCAAACAACUGCCCCCCACACCCAAGAAACAAACAGGAGUGCUGACGGUGGUAAACGGGCACACACGCCCUGGUCCUGUGUCUCGGCCCUCAAUCCGCCUGCGCAUCACAAAGGUACGAGCCCCUAGUGAGUCAAACAGCCAGAGCAGCAAUAGCAGUUCUGAAUCCAGUGCCUCUUCAUCCUCUUCAUCCAGUUCCAGCUCCCACAACUCCGGCAGUGUGUCAGACCAAAAGCGAACGCGUGUGCAGCCCCAGCGUGCGGCUGUGAGCAGGAAGCGACGACGCCCUGUCUCAGGGGACUCUGAGGACAGCUACCGCCCUGCACAAGCACGGCGCUGUAUUCCUAGUGGACGGCGAAGGCCGCGUGUGGGCAGGGGAGCUGUGGUGCGGUACCAUGAGGACAGUGACAGUGACCGGCGGUGCACCCGCAACAAUGAUAGACGCGGGCGUCGGCGUCGGCGUCAGUAUGCCCCACCUGAUGAAAGUGAGGAAGAUGGAAAGGUGCAGUAUGACACUAGGCCAGCUCGUGCCACAAAUAAGGUGCAGUACUGUGAGGCCAGUGAUGACAGUGACCCGAGUGCACGGCGCACCACACGGGGACACAGGACUCACUAUGCCGAGGACAGCAACGUAAGUUCAGAUGAUGCCCCCAUGUUGAUCAGUGUCAGUAGCCGGGGUCGGAUCAGGAAGAUGACACCCAGAGCGAGAGCGGCCUUGUUACGCAGUUCAAGAAACAUCGAUUCGAAAUAAAAAGAACAAAAAGAGCAAAAAGAAACACAAGCACAAAGAGAAGAAGCACAAGAAGAAGACAAAUCAAGUAAGAGGCAGGGAGGUAGUGAAGACAGUGAUGACUCUAGCAGUGGUGGGCAGAAGCACAAGAAUGCAACUGAAUGCAAGAAAAAGAAGAAGACAAGGAGCGUUAGUGUGAGUGAGCCAAAAUUAGCGCCAACAAUGGAGCCAGUGUCCAUUAAGAUAACCACUGAUGGAAACCAGAAUGUGAAGCGAACAGUGGAAUGCUUGUCUACAGAGCCUGGCAGCAGCCCAGCCAGAGAUUCUAACGUGUCCGUAAAGUCUGAAGAGCCCCCAGACCAGGCUGCCAGUUCACAAGUAGAAAACAAAUCCAUGGAUGGGAUGCCUCCUGCUGGUACACAUCCAAAACAGGUGUCAGCAGACAGGAGUGUCAGGCCUGGGCCAGGCAGGAUUGUAAUAAAGAACCUGAAGUUUAGCUCCGUGUAUGAGGAGACGGUACGGCAAGUGGAGGAACAGGCCAAGCUGAAGGCAGACAAGUACGAGGAGGGGGAGCUCUCCGAGGACAGCAGUGGCAACAAGGAAAUAUGUCCCAGCGAUGAUGAUCCACUGCUGUUGGUUUCAGAGCACAGCAGUAAUGCAGACAAGAAGGACCGGCAGAGACAUCAUCGGAAACGUGACCUUGCAGAUGACGAGCACUACCGUCACCACCAUGACCAUGACAGGAGUGUCAGUCAGUCCCACAAGAAGCACAAGAGAAGCCACAGUAACAGUAGCCAUGACAGGCGCCGCAGUCACCGCGGCGGAAAAGGAAGUCACAGCCCAGAGAGCAGCAGCAGUCAUGAGCAGCAUAGCAGGAGGAGGAAUCAGAGUGGUGGCCGUUGCGAGUGCCAUAGUAGGAAGAGGAGUUGGAGCAACAGUCGUGAACGCCACAGUAAGAAGAGUCAGAGUACCACCAGGAAGCGAGCGCGACACUCACGUUCUCCCUCCAGGCACAGGUCACGUUCACUGUUAGCGGGCCACAUAGAUAAGCAAAAGUUACUUGAGAUUGCAAGGAAGAAUGCCAUGAACCUGCUGAAGCAAGGCGUUCUGCCCAGUUCUGUGGUCACACAGGAUAAGAUGGUCGCCAUCAAGGCUGGGGGCAAGAGCGUGGCUGAGCUCACAGAUUUUUGUAAGCAGCUGUCCAAGAAGGAGGCUCUUGGUCAAAUGUCUAGUGAGUCAGAAUUGGAGGAGCACCGUAGUAGUGGGAGCGAUGCUGAGCGACCAUUCCACCACCCUUUUCAGAUCAAGGAACGGUCAGCCUCUAUUGUGAUGAACAUUAGGAAUUCAGUACAGCUGCCUGUGAAGACAUUGCAGGAGAAGACUGCCGAACAGUCUAAGCAGUUACGUAUCCAGUUUCCUGUGUCCAGUGGGCAGCAGCACAGGAAGUCAGAAAAUGUGUGGGUCCCAGUGUCGCCAAAGAAAGAGGAGCCGGCAGCCACUGUGAUUGCAGAGACAGUGGCGGAACCCGGGCCAGUGAUGGAGAUGUUGAACCAGGUGUUCCCCAGUGCCACGGUGACUGAGGGACUGGAUAUCGGCUCCAUCGUGUCUCAGAGACUCACAGCCAUGCGAAAGUUGCAGGAAAACCCGAACGACAUGCAGGCGCUGUCUGAGAUGUACCGUGCUCAGAAGGAUAUGCAGAUGUGGGCCGAAUCAAAGCAGCAGCCCGGUCACUUCACAGGCAGCACGGGCGCUCGAGUGCUCUCAGCCGCGGAACUUGCUUCUGGCUUCCAAGCGUGGGCCAAGAAGGACCAGCUCACCACAGCGUCACCAGUGAGUGGAGGUAUGGGCAUGGCACUCCUGCAGAAGAUGGGUUGGCGUCCUGGGGAGGGCCUGGGGAAGAACAAAGAAGGCACACUGGAGCCUCUCCAGCUUGAAAUAAAGAUGGACAAAAAGGGCUUAGUGUCACAGGAGGAGCUAGGACAUAGACCAGUCCCACCGAACCCAACCACCAAGUCGCUUGUUGGUAAACAUCCUGUCUCACUACUAGUGGAAUUCUGCUCCAAACGUCGCUGGGGCGUGCCCCAGUUCGAUCUAUGCUUUGAAUGUGGCCCUGACCACAGGAAAAACUUUCUGUUCAAGGUGCGAGUCAAUGGCAACGAGUACAAGCCCAGUGUGGCAAGCCCCAACAAGAAGCAGGCCAAAGCAGAGGCUGCAGCUAUUUGCCUCCAGGCUCUGGGUGUCCUGCCCCCUUGAAGGAAGUUCCUGAUGAGUACAGUGUUGUUCUGCUAAAUGUAUGUACAUACAUACAUGCAGGUGGCACUCGUCUGCAGAAAACCAUCAUAAGUUCAUCAUAAGGUGGAAUGUAUUUGUGCAGACACUGAAUAUGUAAUCACAGACAUCUGACAGGGGAUAGUCCUGCAGUGUAGGGUGUGGGCAUGAGUGAACACAGCAUCUUCAAACAAGCAACAGAAAUCUGUCAUGGUACUUAGAAUCUGAAAUGUCAGAAGUCUGUGGAGAUCAGGUUCGAAGAUUUCCGU